CAGUGAUUGGGGGACCAGAUAUCUCUCUUCACAUGGCAGCUGUAUUGUGCAUCUACAAAGUUCCUCAGGAUUACCAAAACAGCAUGAGUACUCAUAACAUUGAACAGAUAGUGGGGAUAUUGGGCAAUGAAAAGCAUUCCUCAAUGCAAGCCACUGAACUGAGAGUUGGAAGGGACCUUGGAAAUCUUCUAGUCUAACCUCUGCUCAAGCAGGUGCUUUGGAGAAUAAGUUGACACCUUCUUCUUUUCCUUUUUGUCAACCUCACGAUGUAGAGGGACAUCUGGGUGGAUAUUUCUAAAUAAAGACAACUAAUUGACUAAUGUUUCAGUAUAUAAACUCAAGACCACCAAUAGACUUGAAUGAAUAUGCAGAUUUUCAGAGGUUCACUUAGACUAAGAAUAACUUUAUUGUCAAUUGAAAUGUACAGUAAUCGGCAUACAUUCAAAUGAAAUUUCAUUGCCUACGUAGCUCUCAAAGGAUGACCACCUCCAAAAUGCACAACAUAAACAUGACCAAAAAAAUGAAGACAUAAAUAUGUAAAUACAUAAAUAUGCAUAUAUCUACACACCCACAUAUAUUAUAUGACACAGAGAAACAACACAGUCUAGUUUGGAUGCAUAAAUAUGCAUGGCAAGAAAAACGUAGACCUUUCCAUCUGCAUCUCUUUGUCUUCCGUUAGUUGACCUAUGGUUCUGCUCCAGCCAUGGAGAAAGAGACUCAAGCAGUUUUCUUCCACCAAAUGUUUCCAGAUGAAUCCCAUGAACAUAAGGGCCUCAUGCAGCUAUUGAAGUACUUAAGAUGGAUCUGGGUUGGGAUUCUUGUAGCCAAGGAUGAGAAAGCAGAGAAAUUUGUCCAGAAAGUGGUCCCUACUUUUUCCAAGUAUGGCAUCUGCACUGAGUUCAUAGCAGAGUUACCAAACAUUGAUUUCUAUAAUGAUUUUAUGGAUGUUAUGGAAGAAGGACUAGAGGUAUACCAUGUUCUCAUGAAGAGCAGAGCCAAUGUGAUAAUCGUAUAUGGUAAAAUUCAGACCAUAACAAUUCUGAGAACUUUCCUCCGGUUUUCAGAAGUGGAGGACAUCCCAAAGAAGCAAAAGAUCUGGGUUAUAAAUGCUGAGAUAGAUUACACUUCAAUGUCAAUUCAUAAAUCUUUGGACGUCCAUUUCCUACAUGGGGCUUUAUCCUUUGCAGUUCACACAAAAGAGGUCCAGGAUUUCCAGGAAUUUCUUCACAAUCUAAGUCCAAACAAUGACCAUCAUGAUCAUUUUCGGAAAGAUUUCUGGGAACAGGCAUUUGGUUGUUUCUUCUCAAACUCAAGAACGGAGACAUCUGAGGUAACCUGUACCGGUCAGGAGAAGAUUGGGACCCUUCCUACAUCUGUGUUUGAAACACGCAUCAGUGGACAGAGUUAUAAUAUUUACAACGCAGUCUAUGCUGUGGCACACGCUUUGCAAUCUCUGUAUUUAUCCAAGUCCAAACACAGAACAAUACUGAAAAAGGGAAGGAAACAGUUUCAUAAUCAACUGUGGUGGCAGGUUCAUUCUUUUCUGAGAAGUGCCAGGUUCAACAACAGUGUUGGUGAGAAGGUCUCCUUUGAUGAAAAGGGAGAAUUCAUUGGUGGAUAUGAUAUUAUCAACUGGGUCACAUUCCCAAACCAGUCCUUUGUUAGGAUCAAAGUUGGGAUGAUAGAUCCCACAGCUCCAGCAGACAAGUUCUUCAGUAUUUCUGUAGAUUCCAUCAUUUGGCCAGUAGGAUUUAAUCAGGCAUUGCCUUUAUCUCUGUGUAAUGAUCCCUGUGAGAAAGGAUACAGCAAGGAAAAGAUAGAAGGGAAGUCAUUUUGCUGCUAUGCUUGUCGUCUGUGUCCAGAGGGGAAAAUAUCAAAGGAGAAGGAUGUGGAUGACUGCUCUCCAUGUCCAGAAGAUCAAUAUCCAAAUCCUGAGAAAAAUAUGUGCAUUCCAAAGCGGAUCACUUUUUUGUCCUAUGAAGAACCCUUGGGGAUCAGUCUGACCGUUCUUUCCCUUUGCUUUUCCUUAAUGACAACUUUGGUCAUCACAAUCUUCAUGAAACACAAAGACACUCCCAUCGUCAAAGCCAACAACCGGAAUCUCACCUACCUUCUUCUAGGUUCCCUCCUUCUCUCUUUCCUUUGUGUCUUUCUAUUUCUCGGGAGACCCAAUACGAUUGUGUGUCUCCUUCGACAGCCAUCUUUUGGCCUCAUCUUUUCUGUGGCGGUUUCUUGCGUCUUGGCCAAAACCUUUGUGGUGGUUCUCGCAUUCAUGGCCACCAAACCUGGUUCCAGAUUGAGGAAAUGGGUGGGGGGAAGAAUGGUCAGUUUCAUUCUUCUAGCCUGCUCCCUUGUUCAAACGUGUGUUUGUGCUGUGUGGCUGAUAACGUCCCCACCUUACCCAGAUUUCGACGCACACUCGAUAUCUGAAGAACUCAUCCUGGAGUGCAAUGAAGACUCAGUCAUGUUCUACUGUGUUUUGGGCUUCAUGGGUUUCCUUGCUCUGGUUAGCUUCUCUGCUGCUUUCCUAGCUAGGAAGUUACCUGACAGUUUCAAUGAAGCCAAAUUCAUUACCUUCAGUAUGUUGGUCUUCUGCAGUGUUUGGCUGUGCUUUAUCCCAACCUAUCUAAGCACAAGGGGAAAAUAUACGUUGGCUGUGGAGAUCUUUUCCAUGAUCUCUUCCAGUGCUGGAUUAUUGAUAUGCAUCUUCCUUCCCAAGUGUUUUAUUAUUGUGAUGAGACCUGAACUGAAUGAUAAACAUCAGCUCAUGAAGAGAAAGUUUUAACAAAUAUUUCCAUUUUUCCUUUAUCUGUAGAUGUUGGAGAUCUUCCCCACUGGCACGUUUAAGCCAGAGGACAAUGGGCAAUAUAGAAGAUCAUCCUUUGUCUGAGAUUUAAGAUAGAGCAGAAAUUUUUUCCCUUCUGGAAGGCAAUUAUAAAUGGGGACCAUAAAAGCAUAAGGAUAAAUUGAUGUAGGGACAUAGUUCAUGUAUGAUAGACAGCUCUGACUAAAUAUGUGAUUAAAUAUGAAUUGUAAAUUUGUCUUGACUGAUCAUCUUCAUCCAUAUGCACACUAGAAUGUGAAAAAGAAGUGGAGUUAAAUACAAAUGAGCUUUUCAUUUAAAAAGUUAGAGCUUAUGAUGUUUUUCUCUGAAACAAGCAAACACUGGCAGUUUUCUAGUGUACACAUGUGUAGGGGUUACGUAUGAAAAACAGGCUAAAUUCAAAAGAUCUGCCUGGAAUUUGCAACUAGGUGAUCUGAGAAACCAUCUCACCCCAAUGAGAUGACCAUGGAUGUACCCCACAUCAUCCAAGGCACGACUUGGGAUAAUAGUCAUACUCCAGAUAUUAUUAUUUUUUCAGACCAAUAGUAAUAUGAUCUGCUGGGGGAAUCUGUCAUUAUCCCUGUACCAUGGCCAGACUGUGCCCUGGUGGUUCUGAAAUUUUUCAAUGCUCACCUAUUUGAAUAGUUCAUCCUUGACAACUAACUUGGGUUUAAGAAGGAGCUUGAAGAUAUCCUGGAGAUUCUGCUGUAUGGCUCUGUGGAGGUUUUUCUCACAAAUGGACAACCUCCUUUGGAGGCGUUUGUCCCAAAUGGAAUCAGAAAGCAGGCAAGGCCCUGGACAGGAUCACAUGUGGGUACCUUUUCCUGAUGUGGGGAGUCCUGAAACUCCUCUUGGUGUACAGAGAAGGUGAGGGUGUUGAAAAGGUCCAAAAGAUGGUAAAGUGCCACUGGAGGAAAACCAAGAAUGAUGUUGCACUGGGGGAGAUUAUCCAACAUCAUGGGUCACGGGGCUGGGACCACGUCUGAGCGUUGGGAGAUGUGAGAGGCUUGAAAAGGUGGUGGGGAGCAUGGAGCAAUAGCUCUAACAAUAUAUAGAGCCAAGGGAUGGUAGAAUGCUACUGUAGGAAAACUAAGAAUGAUGUCACAUGGUUGCACUAGAUGAGAUUAUCCAACCCCAUGGAAUGAGUUAUCAUCGACGUCUUCAGUUCCAACUAGUUAGUUUUGAAUGGUUUUUAAUAAUAUCUGUUUCAUAAACUUCAUCCAGUUGGUCUUCUUCUUGUUGACUGUGCAUUAAACAAGGAUGCAUUAUUUUUACAAUACGUGCCUUAAGAACAUUUGUCAUUCCAGUAAUGCGCAGGAAAAUUCCUUUCUAAAAGAAGAAAUAUCAUAGAUUUUACUGAUGGUUUCAACUAAUAAAAAUACUAGUUUGAAUACAACAA